AUGGAGGUAAUUGCCAUUGCUGCUGUGACAAAGAAAGUUGUUGAUAUCAUAGGCACUCUUGCCCUUGAAGAAGGAUAUCGCUUGUACUGGUUGCGCGAACAAAUGGAGUGGAUCCAACGAGAGAUGGCGAAGAUUCAGUCAUUCUUGAAAGAAGCAGAUUCCAAUCCAACUAGUAGUGAAACAUUGACAACAAUAAGAAGACAAAUCAGAGAACUUGCUUAUGAUAUUGAGGAUAUCAUGGACAAGUACUUCCCAAGGUUAGCUUCACACAAGGCCAAGGGAAAGGACUAUCUUUGCUGUUUGUGUAAUUGCUGCACUGCACAUGAACUUGCAUUGGAAAUUGAAGCAAUAAAAGGCAGGGUGGAGGCAAUCUAUAAUGCCAAGACGACGUAUCCCACGUGUGAUAUUGGUAGUAGUGGUCAUGAUACUAUAUGGGAAGUAAGAAAGAAUUUCCUUUAUGGUGAUGAAGAACCAAAUAUUGUUGGUUUUCAGGAUGACAUUGACGAAUUGAAGAAAAUGUUACUUGAUCCAAACACUGCCUAUGAUGUGAUCUCGGUCGUUGGGAUAUCUGGUCUUGGCAAAACCACUCUGGCCAAGAAAAUAUUCAACAUUGCUAAGGUCGAGUUAGCAAAAGAUAGUCCUUAUGACCUUCAUUUUGAGUGUUCAGCUAAAGUUUAUGUUUCUCAAAAACAAAAUGUGGAGGAGCUAUGGAAGGAUAUAGCUAAGCAAAUCGGCGUCAACAAGGAGGAAAUGGAUGUCAGUCAUGUGGCUACUGCCCUGUCUGCAUUUCUGAGCAAGAAGAGGUAUGUCAUUUUUUUGGAUGAUUUAUGGAGUGAUGAAACAUGGGACAAAUUAAGCAUCGCGUUUCCUAAUAACCCCAAAAUUGGAAGUAGAAUAAUUAUCACAUCUCAAUCUCGUCGGGUAGGGAGACAUGUUGGAGGGAAAAACUCUCUCUACAAGCUGCAGCAUUUAGAUUUAAAAAGUAGUCAAAGGCUUUUCAAUGAACUACUUAUGAAAGGGGCAAGUACUGGAGAAACAUUUUCACCCAGUCUAAAAGCUAUUGGCCAAGAAAUUUUAACAAAGUGUCAUGGCUUACCACUUGCAAUUACUAUAGUAGCAGGAAUGUUGAGGCAAAGGAAAAGAAAACAACACACAUGGGAUUAUAUCCUCCAGAGUUUAAACAAGGAUGGUCAACUUUCAAAGGUCCUUGAUUUAAGUUAUCAAGAUUUGCCAAUUUAUUUAAAACCCUGCUUCCUUUAUUUUGGACUAUUUCCAAAAGAUCAUGAAAUCAGGGCAAGUGAAAUAAUUAAUCUAUGGGUUGCAGAGAAAUUUAUUCCAUUGAGUGAACAAAUACCUUUGGCUGAUGAUGAGGGAGAGGCUUAUUUAGGUGAAUUGGUUGAUAGGAACUUGAUUCAAGUGGUAAGUAGAAGAUCUGGUGGAAGGAUUAGAAGUUGCAGCAUUCAUGGUCUUUUACAUUCAAGAUGCAUUUCACUUGCAUCUGAGGACAACUUGUUCAAAACUUGGAAUAACAUAGCUUCCAAUUCUAGUACAAGUAGUAGGGUUCGGAGAUUCACAACCGAGGGAAGUAGCCUCUCCCAAUUUCUUUCUUCGGAAGGUCAAACUCUCAAAAUCCGCACACUUUUUUGUCUCCAAGGCUCUGAUGAACUCUCGAAGAAGCAUCUGACACGAGUUCUUCAAGAGUUCAAGUUCCUUAGGGUCCUUGUAAUAGAAUGUCUUGAACUUCCACUAAAAUUUCCAAAGGAUUUAUGCAAUCUAAGACACUUGAGGCACCUCAAGUUAAGCGGCUAUGGUCUUGAAAAGCUCCCAAAAGGUAUGUCUAGUCUCCAAGAUUUACUCACUUUGGAUGUCCGCGGCUGCCCGUCUAUCAGACUUCCAAAUUCUAUUUGGAAACUGAAGAACUUGAGGAAUCUCCUCGUACACGAGCACAUACAUUGCAUUUGUCGAACCAAGGCUCCUUUGCCAAAUCUUCAAAUACUAAGCCUGAUUCGAGGAGACAGUUUGGAGCCUAAACAUUGGGAAAACAUGAGAAAUUUGAGAAAGUUAGGGAUAUAUUAUCCUUUAAAGGAAGAUAGAAAAAUCAAUGUCCUCUGGUUUACCACACAUCAAGCUGAGAAGUUGGAGAAUUUGCGUCUCGAGUGGCACCUUGAUUCAUUGGAAAAGUCCAUGGAUUUAUCACAAUGUAACAAACUUCAGAAACUACACUUGAGGGGAUUUAUUCAGUCAAUGCCCCACUUUGGUAAUUUCCCUCCAAAUCUGACAGAGUUAUCUCUUGUUGCAAGUCAACUUGAAGAGGACGCGUUAGAAAAUCUUAAGAGACUCCCUCGACUAAAGGUCUUGAAAUUGGGUCAAAAUUCUUUUGUUGGUGCCAAAAUUGUUUGUGUUGGAUCUCAAGAAUUUCCGAGCCUUGAAGAUCUUAGAAUUGAUGAAUUAUUGUCUCUAAAUGAGCUAAGAAUAGAGAAAGGGGGGAUGCCAAGGCUCAAAAAGUUGUGUUAUUGUAAAGGGCUUAGAGUACAAGUUGAUAACACUAGGUCCUUGAACAUGGUGGUAACAAUAAAUUAUUAG